GUGAAGUGUGAAAUGCAAGUGAAAGUCCAUAAUCUUAAUUUGGUUUAAGGUCACUUUGAAAGGUGAUGUUCUAUUUUUGGAGAGCUUUCUUUGAGGGAUUUUGGCAGAAAAUUUCUUUUUUUGAAGUCACAAUUAUUGAUUCUUAAGUUGGUCUUAAUAGUAAAAAGUCUCAAGUGCUCUCCAGCAAGAAAUUCCUGGUCCAAACUUGUCUGCGUCUACCUUUUCAGGAGUACUAAGAAGAAAGAGAUGUAGUUUUGCAGGGCACACCAGUUGAGCUGGGGUCUGUUUAAUCCGUUCUCUCAAGAGAGUUUCAAACUACAACACCCUUUCUGCUGUUUCUGCAAAUGUGGAAAACAAAUUACAAGCUUGCUACCUAUUUUGAGUUGAUGGUAUCUCUGCAGCUUAUGCUCAUUUUCUAGUCCUUCAAAGCUGCUCAGUGCUUUUCCCCUAAUGCUGGCUCUGUAUAUGGUUCCAAUGGCUAAAGGAUUCAGGCAUCAGGCAUGCUUAGUUCUUGCUAUCAUUUUACUUUUAAUCAAUCAGUCAGAGCAACUACAAUCCUCCCAGACUCAUACCCUUUUAAGACUUCAACUGCUUUUGAAUUAUCCAGAUAUUUUAAGUAGCUGGAAUAGCACCAUAAACUUCUGCAAUGCUGAACCUACAUCCCAAGUAACCGUGGUAUGCUAUGAAGAAAGCAUAACUCAGCUGCAUAUAAUUGGAAAUAAAGGAAGUCCUUCGUUACCUAGAAACUUUUCCGUGGAUUCCUUUGUCACAACACUUGUUAAGCUUCCAAACUUGAAAGUCCUUACAUUGGUUUCUCUUGGUUUAUGGGGGCCAUUGCCUGGUAAAAUUGCACGUUUAUCCUCAUUGGAAAUACUUAACAUGACCUCAAAUUUACUAUAUGGAGCCAUCCCUCAUGAGCUUUCAUCUGUAACGAGCCUUCAAACACUCAUACUUGAUGAUAACAUGUUCUCUGGUCGGCUACCUGAAUGGCUAGGUUUAUUUCCAGUUCUGGCUGUUCUGAGUUUGAGGAAAAAUUUGUUCAAUGGCUCUUUGCCUGAUUCUUUUAGCAGUUUGGAGAACCUUAGAGUUCUUGCACUUUCACAUAACCACUUUUUUGGAGAAGUGCCUGAUUUUAGCAGUUUGACAAAUCUUCAAGAGCUUGAUCUAGAAGAUAAUGCUUUUGGAUCUCAGUUUCCUCAGCUUGGCAACAAGUUGGUUCGCCUUGUAUUGGGAAAGAACAGGUUUAGGUCUGGCCUUGCAUCUGAAUUGAGCUCCUAUUACCAACUUCAAUGGCUGGACCUGUCAUUCAAUAGAUUUGUUGGGCCAUUUCCUCCAUCAUUGUUAUCCCUACCUUCCAUUACUUAUUUGAAUAUUGCAGACAACAAACUCACUGGGAUGCUUUCUGAAAAUACAUCUUGCAAUGCAGAACUUGAAUUUGCAGAUUUAUCCUCAAAUCUUUUGACUGGACACUUGCCUAGAUGUCUUUCAGAUUCUAAAGACAGAGUUUUCCUCUAUGCUCGAAAUUGCCUGGCAACUGCAAAGGAAAAUCAACAUCCCCUUUCCUUCUGCCGCAAUGAAGCCUUAGCUGUGGGAAUCUUACCUCAUCAUAAGAAGACCAAACCUUCUAAAGUAACUCUUGCCUUGGGCAUAACUGGAGGAAUUAUUGGUGGAAUAGUACUUCUUGGUCUCAUUUUCAUAUUUGUUAGGAGGUUGAAUGCAAAUAAGACAAUCAAUAAACCUACUACAAGAUUGAUUGCAGAGAAAGCAUCAACUGCAUACACAUCAAAGUUACUAUCCAAUGCAAGGUAUAUAUCUCAAACAAUGAAGCUGGGUGCACUCGGACUUCCGGCUUUUCGAACAUUUUCGUUGGAAGAACUUGAGAAUGCUACAAACAACUUUGACACAACUGCUUUCAUGGGUGAAGGUUCUCAAGGGCAGAUGUAUAGAGGUCAGCUGAAAGAUGGCACCUUUGUGGCCAUUAGAUGCCUGAAAAUGAAGAAAAGACACAGCACUCAAAGCUUUAUGCACCAUGUAGAGCUGAUUUCUAAAUUGAGAUAUCGCCAUUUAGUCAGUGCUCUUGGGCAUUGCUUUGAGUGCUACCUGGAUGAUUCAACUGUCAGCAGAAUAUUUCUCAUCUUUGAAUACGUACCAAAUGGCACUCUGAGGAGCUGGAUAUCUGAAGGACAUGCCAGACGAUCACUUACAUGGGCACAACGCAUAUCAGCUGCAAUAGGGAUAGCAAAGGGCAUCCAAUUUUUGCACACAGGGAUUGUGCCUGGUGUGUACUCAAAUAAAUUGAAGAUAACUGAUAUUUUGAUGGACCAGAACCUUGUUGCAAAAAUUAGCAGUUACAACCUUCCCUUAUUAGCGGAGAGUGCAGGAAAGGUAGGUCAUGGAACUUCUGUUCUACCCAAGGAUCCAAGUAAUAGUGCAAGGGUAAGUUAUGAAGAUAAGGCUGAUGUCUAUGAUUUUGGAGUGAUUUUACUAGAAAUGAUUCUGGGGAAGCCAUCAAAAUCCAGGAAUGAAGUCCAAAUCCUUAAAAAUGAGUUACAAGCAAUUAUGGCAACCGAUGAUGGCACUAGAAGAAGCAUAGCUGAUCCAGCGGUUCAGACAUCUUGCUCGGAUCAGUCCUUAAAGACAAUGAUGGAAAUUUGUGUGAGAUGUCUACAAAAGGACCCUGCAGAGAGACCUUCUGUUGAGGAUGUGCUGUGGAACUUGCAGUUUGCUGCUCAAGUUCAGGAUGCAUGGCGGGUAGAUUCCCAGAGCAGUGAUGGAUCUCCAGGCUCUCCUUCCCAGCCUCCACACCUUCGUGUUUCCUUCCGUUAGUAAAAAAUACUUUCAGGAUAUGCAUGGCAGUCACAAGUGUAAGACACUAGGGAUAUGUACCCCUUUGUUUGGAAGGAUGGAGAAGAGGAAGGUAGGGAAAACUUUUAAUCCAAUGGUUAUGUAUAAAACAGGAAGUUAUGAAACUUAACUAUAACAUUAUUUCCACCAUGUCCCUCGACUAUCUUUCCUACCAAGCAAAGCCUCGGGAAAGUUAUUUUUUCUGCUGCUGCUGCUGCUACAUUCUUCAUGCCAAGCUAUCUAAGCUCCCGAAAAGGUGUUGUCAUCAUUUCCUUACACUCAAGUCAUCCCUAUUUCUCCUCUUGUGAUUAUCGGAGUUAGUAAUAUAGUUACUUGCCAAAGUUGGAAAAUUCAGAACCAAAUUGUCUAUACUGGUUUUCUGAGAAAUACAGAAACCUGUUUUUUUUUUUUUUUUUGUCAUACUGUCGUCUAGAUUUCUUUUUUCUUAUAAUCCAUAAUUACACUUACAAUUACCAUCUGAACAACAAAAAGGAAUUGCUGCCAGGCCUUAUUAAUUAUGCGAUGUUCAAGUCGUCAACUAAUGCUAUAUUAUAUGAUUCUCUGUAUUCUUUUAAUCCUCAUCACUUUGUUUGGUUACUGCUAGGGAAUCUUAGGUGGUUGUGAUUUUACAUCACUGAAGCCAGCAAAUGACAUCCAAAAUGUAGAAAAUGUUUUAUCACUCAAGAAAAGUGAUCUCCUCGUUUAUUUUAUAACAAAUUUACCCUUGUAAUGGUGCUGAAUAA